AUGAAAUAUCUAUUAGUGGAUGAAAUAGAUAUGGCUGCAAUAAUUGAAGAUACUAAAUAUUGUGGCCAAAUACGUCGUAAAAAUAUCGAGCGCAUCUUCCACGUUCCAAAGAUUCAUGUUCCGGCUGAACUAGCGCAGCUUCUUCAUCAACGGCGCAAAAAAAUAUUGAUGACGAAUAAUUUAAUCAUUUUGGAUAGAAAUGCUAAAAACAUGCAAAUAUCUAUCUCAGUUCCAAGCGAGGAUAGUACACCUAAAGCAAUAAAUGUGAAAAAACGAAAAAAAAACAAGAAAAUGAAUUUUACCAAUGAAUUUUAUCAAAAAUUAACAAUCAAAGAAGAAAACGAAACGAAAAUGGAAUUUAAUGAAAAAGCUAAAGCAAUAACUGAUCAGUGA